CGGAUAGGUCGGACGCCCUCUUCUGAACCGUUUGCAUGUCCAACGGGUGUGUUUGUGUGUUUGCUUGCAGAACCUGCCUUCGGGGAAGUGAACCAGCUCGGGGGGGUGUUUGUCAACGGGAGACCCCUGCCCAAUGCCAUCAGGCUCCGGAUUGUGGAACUGGCGCAACUGGGUAUCAGACCGUGUGACAUCAGCCGGCAACUGCGCGUUUCCCACGGCUGUGUCAGCAAAAUCCUGGCUCGCUACAACGAGACCGGCUCCAUCCUACCAGGGGCUAUCGGAGGCAGCAAGCCUCGGGUCACCACCCCCACGGUGGUAAAACAUAUCCGGACCUACAAACAAAGGGACCCGGGCAUCUUCGCCUGGGAGAUCCGGGAUCGCCUGCUGCCCCCUCUCCCCUCCAACCCCAUCUCCCCCUCCCCCAGCCCCAUCGCUGCUGCAGGAGCCAAGGUGCCCACGCCGCCCGGGGUGCCCGCCAUCCCCAGCGCCAUGGCCAUGCCCCGCACCUGGCCGUCCUCCCACUCGGUGACGGACAUCCUGGGGAUCCGCUCCAUCACGGACCAAGGUGAGACGGGGGAACCGGGGCCGCGGACGCAGCCCCCAAUGGGCCGGGAGCUCCGUUAUGACAUACAGGACGAUGGACUGAAAAGCAAGUGGUGGGAGAUUGCUAUCACUGCCAAGGAGCAGAGUGUCAGAAGCAUGGGAAUUAGGACUAUUGAAUUUAGUGAGAGGAAAAAUACCGGUAAAGAAAAUGGCAUCAAAGCACCCAGUGGUCUCCCUGCUGUCGGCAGUUUUGUUUCAGCACCAGCCAUGCCUCCUUAUGCUACACCAGCCCAAGUGUCGCCGUAUAUGACAUACAGCGCUGCCCCUUCUGGCUAUAUGGCAAGCCAUGGCUGGCAACACGCCGGAGGCAACCCACUCUCACCCCACAACUGCGAUAUCCCCGCGUCGCUGGCUUUCAAGGGCAUGCAGGCAGCCAGGGAAGGCAGCCACUCGGUCACAGCCUCGGCGCUCUGA